AAUAGCGUCACGGUCGACCCAUUGGCCAUGCUCGAGUGUAUACAAAAUGCUGACGUCCGCGUAGCAGGACCUCAUACGCUGUCCUCCCACCUGAAGCCUCCACUGUGGCCAUAUCGCACAAGAACAUACCUACACAAUAUGCAGAGCCGCACUGUUCGAUACAUCGUCAUCGGCGCCGCCGCAGGCGCGGUAGUCCUGCCAAUCGCUCUCCCUGCCAUUCUCGGAGCAAUUGGCUUUACGGCGACGGGCGUGCUGCUAGGUUCUACCGCGGCUGCUAUACAAUCUGCGAUGGGCGCCUCUGUCCCUUCCGGCUGCCUCUUCGCGCAGGCUCAGUCGGCAGCAAUGGGCGGUAUUCCACUCUCGUGGAUUUUGUGUGCUAUUAUCGUUGGAGCUAUUAUCGGGGGUUUAUUGGGUGCAUUAGCCGCUUGGCUCGGGGACAUUCUGGCCCCUCACAUCCCUCAUAUGAUGCGUACGGCUCGAACGGCCUUGAGUCACGUUGCACGGGGAGUGAGAUACCUGGGGUUGAGGGUGAGAAGUUGGUUCUGAGACACUCUUGGCACCUGCGCAACCCGAGUCGCAAUCCGAGUCGGCCGGCCAGAGCUAAAGCAGCGGCUGAUUCGGAGGGCGGAGGAUGGUGGCCGUUGACGC